UUUCAAAAUUACAUAUGUUUGAACAUCUGUCACUCGCAUGGCAUUUCCCCUAACGCAGUGCUGUCAAACAGCAGCUGAUUCAGCUGUUCCGCGUCAUCUGUUUCAAUCAUGCCUUGUCACUGCCACAACGAUUGUGAAGUGUAUGCACUGACCUGAGUUUGGAAAAUUACUAGCAACCUUUGAAUUUUGUCAAUUUCGUCAAAUCUUGAGAAUUUUUAACAUUUCGUAUUCAGUUGAAAAUUUUUUACGCACGCAGACACAUGCAAUAAAAAUUCGAAUUUCAGUUUUUUUCUCUCUCCAAAACGUACCAAAAAAGUUUUCUUCCACCAAAAAGGAAAAAACGUAACGCGUCGCUAGCAAAUAAUUUUCGCAGACCGUUAAACACUGCAAAGUUACUAUAAUAAAACAACACCUCCACCACUUAACCAAAGCAAUUGCAGAGUUUUCUUAUAGUGUCACUAAAACAGUUUUGAAGACAGUAAAAGCUUGAAGAAAAUGAAUUCGGAAAACGCUACGGAACUGAAAAAGCCAGUUAAGGAUCAGGUGGAGGAGAAGCCGAAGCCUGUACAGCCGGAAACACCGAAACCGCCAUCAUUGCCAGUGAGCAGCCUAAUUGGCUUCAACACCGAGGACUUUCUGGCGCGUGUCAAUAUGAAUGAAAAGAUUAAUAACAUUUUACGCUCGCCAACAAAGACACCGAAUGGUGUGCGGCAACGCUCCGUUUUCACUGCCAUAACGCCGUCAUCGUCGCGUUUCAAUGCCAGCGCUGCUCCCUUUGUAUCGCAGCAGCAACGUUCGUCGGUCACUUCCGCCAACACUGCCACAGCACCUGGUGCCGUUAUGACGCCCAAGGAGACAUCCACACCAUCAGCCGCAUUGCAGGCUCGUCAAAUGCCCAUACCGGUACACAUGAGUGCAGCUUCUCCGCAUCAUUAUGGUGGCUAUGAAACGCCACUGACUGGACGUAGCGGCGGCAUGACAAGGGGUGUCUUCAAUACUCGCUAUCCUGUAGCACCACCGCCAUCUCCGAUCUAUGGUUUCGAGAAUGAUAUGUGCCGUAUGCCGCCUACCAUGUCGCCCUCUCACCACGCGCAGCAGUUUCCACAACCAAUGCCGCCGCCACCAUACGCAGUCGGACGCUUGAGCGGCAGUCACCGCGGUGUUGAAUACGAGAAUCCAACUCCGCCACCUUGUCCAGGUGCUGGCCCCAUUGCCAUGACUAAUGGCACCAUACAGUUGCGUCUGCGUGACGGAAUACGCAUUGAUAUGACGCUGGACAAGGCGGUGCGCGUUCUUAAUCAGCGCAGCAUGGUGGCCAUUGCACUGUCACGCAAUUGCAGCAACUCAGCGCUGAUUCAUCCAAACGGACGUAUACUGCAGAGUGGCUCCAAGGUGGAGAUAGUCACCUAUGAUGGCAUGAAAACCAACAACUAUGUUCGCUAUGCUAAGAUGUGGUACAAAGGCGUCAGUUUUACUAGCGAAUCUUGUGCUUUGAUCUAUCUUGUGGACACGGCUGGUACGCGCACCACCACUGAUACCUUCACUGAUCUCACAAAGGACUACACUUUGACUGUGUUUUAUGAUGACUCCCGCCAUGGUCCGUCCUAUGUUCAAGAUGCUAAUGAAGUAAUACAAAAUUCGACAUAUUCUUGCACAGAUGAGGGCACUGAAAUUUAUGAAAUUAAUGGUUUCCGCAUCACGCAGGCCGCAGAUGGACUAGUAAAAUUGACACGAACUCAUAACAAAUGUUUGAUACGCACUAGUCCAGGCAAUGGUUCAGCCACUUUGACCACGCCAGGUAUUCACUGUACAGCCUCGUUGGGCAAAACUUCACAUUUGUUCGUUCGUCGUAACGAAAAACGUAUGCACUUCGAUGGAUCGUGUUUCAUUGUACGCAAUGCUGGGCAUUCGGCCGGCUUCAACGAGAACAACUUGUUGAUCGUCUAUUAAAGUAACGCAUGAAAAACUGCGAAAAAAAGCAUUUUUGCCACAAAACUAAAAAAAAAGGAUAAAAGCCAAAGAAAAAAAAAAAUUAAACAAACACAAAAUCAGCGAAAUCGAAAAACGAAGGCGAUUGUACGAUGAAAUUUCCAAUCAUAAACAACAACACUAUAGAAGCAUACAAAGCAGAGCGUAUAAGAGAAAAUUAAUAUUACGUAUAGAGAAUUAUGUACAACAAAAAAGGAAGAGAAGAAAGAAAUUCAAUUAACAAAACAAAAAGGAAAUAGCAGUAAAGUGCAGCGCAUAGAAAAUUAUAGAAAGUUGUUAUGAAAAAAGUUUUAAAGAAAAUUCAAGAAAAAAGCGCACACAAGCAGUUAACAAAAUAGCGUUAAACGAUAGCCGCUUUGCUAAUAGAACAUAUAGUUACAACAUGCAAAAAUACCGUUAGAAAUAAUUUUCACGCUUAACAAAGUCAAAAAUUUUAGUUAGUUUUUUUUCAAUUUCUCUUUUCAUUACAUUUACGCAAAUCAGCGUGCGUCUCGGCUGAGUCUGAGUGUGAAAACGAAGAAAACGAUAAAUAUUUAAUAUGAAAGAGCUGAAACUAAUAGUUUCGUUUGCGAUAUAAGUAUUUCGCACUUGAAGAAUAAAUAUUGCUUUUUUACCAACUUAGCCGAGUACAAUGAAAUUUUCAACUCUUCAACACCCUUAGCUUUCUAGUACUGCCUAUACGCUUACGCAAAUAGCUCCAUAAAUAAUUUUUAUUUAUUUUGUUCACGCAAUCUAGCAAUAAUUUAGUCACUAUAACUUCUUUCAAAAUAAUUACUUCAAGCUUCCCACGGGAAUCCACAUGAUUAUCUCAGUUUUAAUAGCUUAACAAAAUUUUAGUUUCGAAAGUGUGUUUUCAAAUUUACCGUUACGAUUUUAGUAGUAGAAUAGUGCAAGCAAUAAUGGCAUGAUAACAGCAAAAAAAGUUUUCAACCUAUUUAUGUAAAAUCUACAAAAAAAAAAAAAAAAAAAAAAAAAAAAAA